AUGGCCACCACCACCUUUUGCCUCCAAGAAAUGGAGGUGCUCCAAAUGGUCCAAACCCAGGUUUCACAUGCCAAGAAUUGGGUUGGGAACUCUGUCAGUUUGCUUGGCUUGGCUGAUCAAAGCCUAAGCCUUUCAGAUCAAACAAGUGUGGCGCUAAGUGAUUGUGCCAAGCUCUAUGAGGAGUGUGAGUCUCGGUUGGCUCACAUGAUGUCUAACAAGAGUACUUACACCAAAGAAGAUGCACUUACUUGGGUAAGUGCUGUGAUGACAAAUCACAAGACUUGUUUAGAUGGAUUGCAGGAAAAAGGUUAUGUUGAAAGUCAUGUUUUGGGUAGAAACUUGACCAUGUUGCUUGGGAAAGCUCUUGUUUUGUAUUCAAACAACAAAGGCAAAGGAAAAGGACCACCACUUAGAACAGUAUCCAAAUCAAAUGAAGGUCUUUUAGAAUCAUGGAAUUCAGAAACGGGUAAGGCAGAUUUCACAGUGGCACAAGAUGGUUCAGGCACACACAAAACAAUCAGAGAAGCAGUAGAAGCACUAGCUGCAAUGGAUCAAAACCGUCCUGAAAGAGCAGUUGUUUAUGUAAAAUCAGGAAUCUACAAUGAAAAGGUGGAGGUUGGAAACAAGUUGCACAGUGUGAUGUUUGUAGGAGAUGGCAUAGACAAAACUAUCAUCACUGGCAACAGAAAUGUUGUUCAGGGUUCCACCACUCUGAGCUCAGCCACAUUUGAUGUAUCUGGUGAUGGGUUUUGGGCAAAAGAUAUGACAUUUGAGAACACUGCAGGCCCUGAAAGGCAUCAAGCAGUGGCACUUAAGGUAAGUUCAGACCUAUCAAUCUUCUACAGGUGCAGCUUCAGAGGAUACCAAGACACACUUUAUGUGCAUUCAAAUCGCCAAUUCUACAGAGAUUGUCACAUAUAUGGGACCAUAGAUUUCAUAUUUGGUGAUGCCACGGUAGUGUUACAAAACUGUGACAUCUAUAUAAGGAAACCAAUGAGUCAUCAAUCUAACUUCAUCACAGCACAAGGAAGAGAUGAUCCUAAUAAACCAACUGGGAUUUCAAUCCAGAGUUGCAGGGUUAGGCCUGCAUCAGAAUUUGUCAUGUCAAAGGAUUCUUUCAGUACCUUCUUAGGAAGGCCUUGGAAAAAGUACUCAAGGACUGUGUUCAUGAAAAGUGACUUAGAUGGGUUGAUUAACCCAAGAGGGUGGGGUGAAUGGGAAGGAGAUUUUGCAAUUUCAACUUUGUACUAUGGUGAGUAUAUGAAUUAUGGAAGUGGUGCCUCUACACAGGAUAGGGUGCAUUGGCCUGGUUUUCAUGUGUUGAGUAGUGCCAAUGAGGCUAGUCCCUUCACAGUGAGUCAAUUUUUGCAAGGAGAAAGGUGGAUUUCUGCUACAGGGGUGCCAUUCUUGUCUGGAAUUUAA